AUGGGCGGCGGCGCCGACCUCGACGGCCACGGGUCCGUCAACGCCAUCAGCGCCGCGGCGGCCUGGAGCUUCUUCCUCUUCGGCUACGACACGGGCGUCGUGUCGACGGCCAUGACCUGGACGAAGCACUCCCUGGGCCUGAACAACGUGCAGUACGAGGUCGCCAUCGGCGUGACGACCUGCGUCGCGGGCUUCGCGGCCCUCGGCGCGCGGACGUCCAACGCCUACGUCGGCCGCCGGGGCACGGUGCUCCUGGCGUCCGCGUGCUUCUUCCUCGGCGCCCUCGUCGUGGGCUCCGUGCCCGACAACGACGCCGGCGGCUUCUACCUGCUGUGCCUCGGGCGCGUCGGCAUCGGCCUCGGCUGCGGCCUCGCGACGGUGACCGUGCCCGUCUACAUCGCCGAGGUCGCGCCGCCGGAGACGCGCGGCACGCUCAUCGCGAUGGAGAUCUUCUUCACCGGCCGGACGCUCGAGGCGCGGCUCGUGCUCGCGCGCGUCCGCGACGCGGACUCGGACGGCGAGCGCGUGGACCGGGAGCUCAAGGCCAUCGAGGCGGAGAUCGCCGCGGCGCGCGACGAGAUGGCGAUCCUGCCGCUCGCGGCGCACGCGUACGCCUCGUCGAAGCCGCUCUUCCGCGCGAUGGUCGUCGGGUGCGGGCUCAUGGUCCUGCAGCAGCUCGCGGGCAUCAACACGAUCAUGUACUACUCGACGGUGAUCUUCGAGAAGGUCGGCUUCUCGAACCUCCAGAGCGCCUGGCUCGCCUGCUGCUGCGCGGCCAUGCAGGGCUUGGGCAUCGCGUGCGUCGUCGGCUUUUCCUGGGCGGACGUCCACGGCCGCCGCAAGGUGCUCAUCGCGUCGACGCUCCUCGUCGCGCUCUCGCUCUACGGGUUCGCCGCGUUCUACGACGUUUCCAUCUGGACGGCCUGCGCGUGCAUCAUGCUCUACCUCUUCUUCUUCGGCGCGGGCCUCGCGCCCGUCCCCUGGGCCGUGAACGCGGAGAUCUACCCGCUCUACGCGCGGUCCGGCGCGAUGGCCCUCGCGUGCUUCCUCUGUUGGGAGACGAACUUCCUCAUCUCCGUGACCUACCUGACGCUGUCGAACGCGCUCGGCGUGCCCCUGCUCUUCAGCAUCUACGGCACGAUCACGCUCGCGGGCGCGGCCUGCGUCUACGUCUACCUCCCGGAGACCGCGGGCAAGCCCAUCGAGGAGGUCUUCGCGGCGUUCAAGCACCCGAACGUCAUCGCCGCGCGGGAGAACUUCCUCUCGUCCGCGACGGCGGACGACGCGGGCCUCGCGCCCCAGGCGCCCGCCGGGGGCGUCAUCUAA